CAUGCUUAUGUAACUGGCGGUAGUAAGGGACUUGGUAAAGCUAUCGCCAAGUUAUUAGCUUCAAAAGGCGCGCAUGUGACUAUAAUCGCUCGCGAUAAAGACCACCUACAAAUUGCUCUUGAAGAAAUUAAAGACGCUGCAAAGGGUCGUGAAGAUUAUAAGAAUUUGAUUUUCAAUGCAAUUUCAGCGGAUGUUACUAAUUACGAAGAUUCGGUUCGCGCCUUGAAUGAAGCUUGUGAUUUGCACAAUGGAAGAGCGCCUGAUUUCAUUUUCUGUUGUGCCGGAGCUUGUAAACCUGGAUUAUUUAUCGAACAGGAUAUUUCAGAGUUCGAAAGUGGUAUGCAACUUAAUUAUCAUGGAACUUUAUAUACUGUUCACGUAAGAGUAAAACGCAUGACGCGACAAAGAAUUAAGGGAAAAAUAGUUCUUGUUAGUUCUGUUUUAGGAGUAAUGAGUUUCAUUGGAUUUUCUCAAUAUGCCCCAACGAAGUAUGCUUUAAGAGGUUUGGCCGAAACUUUACGCAAUGAAUUAUUACUUUACGAUAUUAGUGUUCAUUGUUAUUUCGCCGGAACAAUUGAUAGUCCUGGUCUUCAACAAGAAAACAAAACAAAACCAAAAAUCACCAGCGAAAUUGAAGGUGAUGAUGUUGCGUUAUCGCCAGAUCAAGCCGCUAAAGCUUUAUACAAAUCCCUUUGCAAAGGACACUUCCAUAUUACUUCGGAUCUUGGAGGUAAUAUAUGUAGAGUUGCAAGCAAAGGCGCAGUCUCUCCGACUAAUAAUUUCAUUGUUGAUAGUUUACUUAGUGCCUUCGCUUGGGUUUGUAAAAAUAAAAUAAAUUUUUAUUUUGUUUUAUACAUUUUAUAA